GAAAAAGAAAAAGAAAUGCCACCAUACUUCAAUUGAAUUGAAUGACAAUUGAACGGUUUAAUUUUUCAUGACUUGUUGCUAGCCAGCGAUGUGUAUUUGCUAGUGGUGCCUUAUCAGGCAAUAUUACUACUCACGUGCUGCCCGCCCGCCGGCGCCUUGGAAAGAGAAUCUUCCCUCUACCACACUUGCGAUAACGAACAACGAAUCAUCGCAACGAGUGAAGACACGAACAAGAAGAGCUUUGGGCUCUAUUAAACGAACCCCAACAACUCCCUUUUCCUGGACUGAAUUCGUCCCAUCCUCCUUCGACCUCGUCGCUUGAGAAACCCGACCCCGACCAAUUUCCCCCCUCCCCCCAAAUGGCCGACUCCCAACCGCCCCAAGCUCCCAUCAGAUCGCAAGGCCAAAACCGUGGUGGUCGUCGACGUGGACGAGGAGGCGCAAAUCAGACGAAACAACCAGAUACUCCCGGUGCCGGAAGGGGAAACCGAGGCAGAGGCCGCGGUGGAGGGGAUCGCAACCGCAAUACCAAUGCGUCCCAAGGUGCCGGGGCCGAUGCGCCUGUUGAGGCUACAGAAAAGCCAAAGAAGGUUCCGGUAGCUACCGACGAUGCAGAUGACGGUGAAAUCUGCUUUAUCUGUGCAUCUGAUGUGACGCACACUUCUGUCUCGCCGUGUAACCACCGGACCUGCCAUAUCUGUGCCCUGAGACUUCGGGCUCUGUACAAGAACAAAGCCUGUGCACACUGCCGGACGGAAUCCAACUAUGUGAUUUUCACGGAUGACCCAACGAAGGAUUUCGACCAGUUUGUUAGCAAGGACUUCUCUCGGAAGGACAACAAUCUUGGGAUUCAGUACGAGAAUGAUGAUAUUUUCGAAGAUACGGUUUUGUUGCUACGGUACAAUUGUCCUGAUACGGACUGUGACGCGGCUUGCUUGGGAUGGCCGGAUCUGCAUCGACAUACCAAGAGCAAGCAUGGGAAAGUGAUGUGUGAUCUAUGUACUCGAAACAAGAAGGUCUUCACCCACGAGCACGAACUCUUUACCAUGGCGGAGUUGCGGAAACACGAGAAAUACGGAGAUGAUGUCCCCGGUGCCAUUGACCAGAGCGGUUUCAGAGGUCACCCUGAAUGCGGUUUCUGUCGUCAGCGAUUCUACGGAGAUGACGAACUGUAUACACACUGCCGUGACAAGCAUGAGCGAUGCCACAUCUGCGAUCGACAAUCCGGACAUCGCCAACAGCAGUACUACGUCGAUUAUACCGCGCUCGAGGACCAUUUCCAGAAAGACCACCACCUAUGCCUAGAUCAGGAGUGCUUGGAUAAGAAGUUCGUCGUGUUCGAGUCUCAGAUGGAUCUAAAGGGCCAUCAACUGGAAUGCCAUCCCAAUGGGUUAUCCAAGGACGCAAGACGAGAUGCUCGCACUGUGGAUCUUUCUGCAUUUGACUUCAGAGCGCCUUACCAACCACAGCGACAGCGUCGUGGCGCAGGCCGGGGCCGCGACCCGAAUGCAGAGCCACUCCCGGCGUCCAGUGCCCAACCUUUGCGGCGGGACGAGAUCGCGUACCAGCGACAGGUGGCGAUCCAAAGUGCGCAGUCGGUCUCAACCCGUAGCUUUGGUGGACAGCUCACUCGCAAUGAUACACAGCAGGUGCGCGCUCCUCCACGCUCAGGGAAUGCCACACCUGCCCGCAGUCCACCAGCACAAUCUCCGCCGGUUUCUGAAUUGCAGAACCUCAAUCUUGUGGCUGACUCCACUCCGGCCAGUCCACAAGAGCAAGCACGCCGUCUGCGCCAUUCAGCAGUGAUUGAACGUGCCUCGAACCUCCUGCGCAAUGACCAGACGAAGCUGGGUGAAUUCCGCACCAGAGUCUCCAACUACCGUACCUCCCUCAUCUCCGCCACCGAACUGAUCGAUGCUUUCUUCUCUUUGUUUGACACUACAAGCUCUGAACUGGGUAAGCUCAUAAAAGAGCUCGCAGAUAUCUACGAAGAAGAUUCAAAGCGCACCACAUUACUGAAAGCCUGGAACGAUUGGCGUGCUAUCAAUGAGGACUAUCCAGCUCUGCCAGGACCGGGCGGGUUACUACCAGGCAUGUCACCAGACACUGUCAACGGUGGCGGGGCGGGUGGAAGCCGUGUACUUCGCUUAAAAUCCUCCACUGCACAAUCCUCGCGAUCAGCAGUGGGCCGUAGUGGUGCGCUCCCCUCCUCCGCUUCAUCAGCCACCGCAUUCCCCCCUCUUUCCUCCGCGUCUUCGUCCUCUUCCCGCCCUCCUGGGCGCAACAACGCAACCACAGCCUGGGGAACAGCAGCAGCCCCCUCGCCAUCUUCCUUCCCCAGCCUCCCCUCAUCUACCCGUCCCUCCCCUCGUGCUAGCGGCUCUUCUACUCCAACCGCAUCGUCCUCCCGUGCCUCUAACGCAAGAGGCACCGACGCAUUCCCUGCUCUCCCCGCGGCUCCGAAGCCCAAUGUUCUCAUGGCUGGCCUGACGCGCGGGACUGUCCGGUGGGGCGAGGCCCGCCCAGCUUCAAAUGCUUGGGCUGGGGGUGAAUCUUCAGAGCCGAUAGAUGACUUUGGGGAAGCAAUAAUGGCGACCCUUUUGCCUCCUCCGACGAAGCGCCAAAGAACAGAUGCUACUGAAAAGGCGCGCCAACAGCAGGAUGUCGAAAGCGUCCCCGCCGACCUGGGCAGCAUCCGAGUGCAAUUCUUUGACCAAGCAACGGGGUCAGCAACUGGUCCUGCGGUAUCGGUUCCGGUGGCUGAUGCGAGUGUGAAGAACUUGGAGACUCUUCUUAACACAUUACAAGGCAAUGAUGAUGAUGAGCGAGUACCAUACCGAUUCACAUAUCAAUCAGACGAAAAAGACAACCAGACAGUCGAUAUCCUGGCGGAUCUAUACCAAUCCCUGCUCAAGCCCGGGUUGAAAACCACCGAAGAUACUGUUCCCCUCUACUUCACCCCGCAAGCCGUCUUCCGAGUCAAAGCUGUGUCGCGAUGCUCGGCCUCGAUAGCUGGACACGGAGAAGCGAUUCUAGCGACCUCAUUCUCGCCCGUCUCAUCCUCUACAAUGGUGUCUGGAAGUGGUGACUCGACAGCUCGGGUGUGGGAUUGCGAGACCGGCACGCCGAUGCACACCCUCAAAGGGCACACUAGCUGGGUGCUGGCGGUCAGCUACUCACCGAACGGAGCGAUGAUUGCGACGGGAAGUAUGGAUAAUACUGUGCGCAUUUGGGAGGCAAAGAAGGGCCAGGCACUCGGAGGCCCGUUGAAGGGUCAUACGAAAUGGAUCACCAGUUUGGCUUGGGAGCCGUACCAUCUCCAACAGUCGGGGGCCCCACGGCUGGCCUCUGCAUCGAAAGACUCGACCAUCCGUAUUUGGGAUGUGGUGUCGCGGAGAAUAGACACUGUUCUGUCUGGCCAUAAGGGAUCGGUGACUUGUGUGCGUUGGGGAGGAACAGGGAAGAUCUACACGGCUUCGCACGAUCGGACAAUUAAGGUCUGGAAUGCGACAAAUGGCUCGUUACUUCAGACACUUUCUGCGCAUGCGCAUCGCGUGAACCACCUGGCGCUCUCGACCGAUUUCGCACUCCGGACGGCCUACCACGACCACACGGGCAAAGUGCCGCAGGAAGAAUCCGAGAAGGUAGCAGCGGCGAAGAAGCGCUUCGAACAGGCUGCCACAGUCAACAAUAAGAUUGUUGAGAAGCUCGUGUCGGCUAGUGACGAUUUCACCAUGUACCUGUGGGAGCCCGAGAGCUCGAACAAACCGAUUGCGCGGUUGCUGGGUCACCAGAAGGAAGUCAACCACGUCACGUUCUCGCCAGACAUGGCAUACAUUGCCUCUGCUGGUUUUGAUAAUCAUGUGAAGUUGUGGAAUGGGCGUGAUGGAAAGUUCAUCACUACCCUCCGCGGCCACGUCGGAGCAGUAUACCAAUGCUGUUUCUCAGCAGACUCGCGUCUGUUGGUAUCAUCGUCCAAGGACACGACAUUGAAGGUGUGGAAUGUCCGGACAGGGAAACUCUCGAUCGAUCUUCCCGGCCACCGGGACGAAGUGUUCGCGGUGGAUUGGAGUCCGGAUGGCCAAAAGGUCGGCAGUGGAGGGAAAGACAAGGCAAUCCGCAUUUGGAGACACUGAUGUAUAUACCCGUUCAUAUUCAUUCUUUUCAAUUCAAUACCAUUGGCUAGUUCAAUGUUGCAUGUGUUUUGUACGCAGCAUAUGUAGCCAGCCAAACUCGCACAAUCAUGUAUACCC